AUGAAGAGCCUCUUCUUCGUUUUAUUCACUUUUACUUUGGAAAUUUCAACCCAUGUUGGAUGGUGGAAGAUGUUCAAAAUCAUUUUUCCUCUCUCUGUGCUUUCUGUCGGUGGUGUCCUAUUUGCGUGGGUGUUAGUGAUAGCAUAUGUUCAGCGUAAGCUGAUCUUGUGGACUGAAGAGCAUUCAGACGUGGCAAAGUCUCUGCUAGGAAGGCCUCUUCUUUUCCCGACCCGACUUACGCAUUCACGGAUGUUUCCGGAAAAAUACAAUUACUGGAUUAAUUACUUCCUUGUCGGCAUUCCCGUUGGACUCCGCGGUCAUAUUGGAUCAUUGAUGGCCAUCGACAGUGAUGCGACGAGUCCCCAUUCUCAGAGCGGAAACUUUUUCAAGUCACCUGUCACGAAGGUGCUGAGAAAAUUACUUUGGUUCAGAGUUGAUCCAAGCCUGUAUCUUCAUCGUGGGGAUGGUCACUUGGGCUUGAUGGCUAAGCUUGAUUCUUUUCUGAAAGAGCAAGGCGAGAAUCCAGAAGAAUACCCAUACGCCUAUCUUGUGACUAUUCCUGCUUUCUUAUGGUGGACCAAAAGCCCCAUUUCCUACUGGUAUCUCUACUCACCACUGAAAGAUUUGAGUGCGAUGAUCUUGGAGGUGAACAACUCGUACGGCGAAAAAAGAAAUGUCUUCAUGCGAUUAAUCCCAGAGAAUACUCUUACCGAGGGAAAGAAAUGCGAGAUGAUCAGUACUGCUUCAGGAAGAGGAUGCAGUGGCACUCAAACCUUCGAGUUCACGUCUUCCGUCCCAACUGCAAAGUGCUAUAAAUGCAGCUGGGACAAGGACAUCUUUGCGUCACCUUUCGAGCGGGUUGAAGGCUCGUUUAACCUCCGAUUUGUGGACCCUCUCGAUCCAUCACCGGCCAAAGGGGGCCCGUUGCACAAUAACAUGACCCUAAUCAGUACCUGUGGCAAGCCCAAAGUUACAAGUCGACUGUUUUCGUGUGCUCCACCACUUGAUCCCCUCCAGGCAUCCUCAUGGGAGGUGACGAUCUUCCUUGUGAAAUGGUCAUUCAUCAUACCUAUCUCCCUGGGUAGAAUUGUAGUGGAGGCCCUCCGCAUCCGCCUCAGAGGGAAUAUGCCAUAUCUGAACAAGCCAGAUGUGAAACGCAAGAGCAUUCCUCGUAAUGCUUCAGAAACAGAAAAGACUCUAGAGCCUUUCUUUCGGCAUUAUCUCUCUCAUCUCGUCGAUACAUGCACAUUUCCUCUUGAAUUAACCUACAUACCUGCCAAAUCAUUACACAUUAAGCCUGUCUCUAUGCAUUCCCCGAUUGAGACUGAACCCCGACCAACUCUGACGAUCCAGCCCCUUACACCUCAAUUUUAUACAAAUAUCUUGAAAUACACAGAUCCGGCACUUGGAUUCGCUACCGAAAUGGAAAAUAUGCCGCAGCCUUGCGAUCCGAUAUCACAGCGUCUAUGGGCUUCUGACGGAGGUCUUCUUCAAAAACUGAUCGCGUGUGCAAGGGCCCCCGUGGCUUCGGAGGGAGCCCGGGUCUUCCCGCCAUGGCAGCGGAAGAAUAUAGCCAAAUCGUUCAUGGACACCCAUAUCGAGUCUAACUUUCCGAUCCGCGCAUGCAGGAAGUAUUGGGCCGCAAGAUUUCAUUGUUACAUUACGGAACGUUUUGCGCAUGGUUCAUACAGAAUAGUAGCGGUGUACGGCUUUUUCGUUUCGCUAAUGUCCAUGUGGGCCUUUUUGAGGUGGCUGGGAUGGAUUACGUAUGGCUCUACUGCAACCGUGAGGCCUGAGUACUUCCUAGUGGUGUCAAGCGUGGGCUUUGCAGGGGUCAUGCUUUGGGAAGGGUUUUGGGGAUGGAUCUAUGGAUGGCCUGAACUAUAUGUGUGA